AUGACUGGCCAGGAGAAUCCCCAGACCACCCAGGAGGUCAAGAAGUACCUGCAGCAGAGCCAUGACCGCAUCUUCGAGAACAACAAGAAGUGGGCCGAGGAAAUGGCGAAGAAGAAGCCCGAGUUCUUCAAGGACCUAAGCGCUGGCCAGUCGCCGGACUACCUAUGGAUUGGCUGCUCCGACUCGCGCAUCCCCGCCGAAGCUCUGACCGGCGUCGACCCCGGCGAGAUGUUCAUCCACCGCAACAUCGCCAACCUCGUCAACAACAUCGACCUGAACGUCAUGUCGGUCGUCAACUACGCCGUGCGCCACCUCAAGGUGAAGCAUGUCGUGGUCUGCGGACACUACGGCUGCGGCGGCGUCAAGGCCGCCAUGACACCGCAGGACCUCGGGCUGCUGAAUCCCUGGCUGCGAAAUAUCCGCGACGUGUACCGUCUGCACCAGGCUGAGCUUGACAGCAUCACAGACGAAGUCGCCAAGUAUGAUCGCCUGGUCGAGCUCAACGUCAUUGAGCAGUGUAGGAACGUGAUUAAGACAGCGGCGGUCCAGCUGAGCUAUGCGCAGAACGAGUUCCCGAUUGUGCACGGUUGGGUGUUUGGGUUCAAGGACGGGCUGCUGAAGGAUCUGAAGUUCGACCAUGAGGGCGAGCUCAAGGAGAUUCAGAAGAUCUACAACCUGAACGACCUUGCUUAG